AUGUUUUUAAGUGGUGUUAGACUUACAACAGCAACAACAACAUCAAGAAUAUCUUAUUCUCAUUUACUGAAUCGAGGUUGUUCAUUAUCGGGUUCAUAUCAGCAAUUUCCUAACCUAUCAAUAUCAAAAUCAAUAUUAUCUAGCUCUAUAAAUAGUCAAAUACAACAACAACGAUAUUUCAGUUCUAAUAAAAAUAGUAACAGUAGUAGCUCUUCGUUUAAUAUCAGACCUAGAAACAGACCCAUCGAUAUAGAACACAAAAUGAAUGAGUUCAACAGUGAUAAAAUCUACAAGUUUGCCGGUAUACAACUGCUGGUUGGCGAAGACAAAAAUCAAAAUAUAGAAGCCGCUCGCAAAGCAAUUGAAGAGGCUGCAUCUAACGGUGCUAAUAUAAUAUGUUUACCUGAAUGCUUCAAUUGUCCGUAUAGUACAUCAGUUUUCAAUGAGUAUGCUGAGAAGUUUGGUGGACCGACUACUACCAUGUUGGCGGACGCAGCUAAGCGUUUGAAGAUUUGGUUGAUUGGUGGAUCGAUUCCAGAACGUGGAGACGACGGAAAGAUAUACAAUUGCAGUUUCAUCUUCAAUCCAAGCGGUGAACUAGUUGGAAAACACCGAAAGAUUCACUUGUUCGAUAUCAAUGUGCCAGGCAAGAUUACAUUCCGUGAGAGCGAGAUUUUGUCGCCAGGCGAAACACCGACGAUCAUUGAGUUGGGUGAUGGCGUAAGGCUUGGCGUCGGUAUCUGCUAUGACAUUAGAUUCCCGGAGCUCGCUAUGCUCUAUGCCAAAGAGGGUUGUCAAAUCCUCGUGUAUCCCGGUGCCUUCAAUAUGACGACUGGCCCGGCACACUGGGAACUGCUGCAACGUGGUCGUGCCGUUGACAACCAGGUAUACGUAGCUGCCGUAUCACCCGCUAGAAACCCAAAAUCCACCUACACAGCUUGGGGACAUUCCACCGUUGUCUCGCCAUGGGGUGACAUUGUAUCCACCACCGAACACGAUCCAACCAUCAUCUACGCCAACAUUGAACUUGCCAAAGUCAAAGAAAUGAGAACAAACAUCCCAGUUUAUCAACAAAAGAAAUUAACAACAACCUUCAAAAUCUAA